CUCGGCGGGCUCGGUCCCCGGCGGGCUCCGUCCUCGGCAGCGCGCGCCAUGGCCCCGGGCCUGCGCGGCCUGUGGCUGCUCCUGGUGGCUCACCUCUUGACGGCCACCGCCUGCCAGGACGCCAACUACGGGGCCCUCCUUCAGGACGCCUGCCUCGCCCAGUUCCAGGCAGACAUGGAGGUCCUCGGGGAGACGCUGUGGUGCGACUGGGGCAAGACCGUCGGGAGCUACGAGGAACUCUCGGACUGCACCAGGCACGUGGCGGGCUUGCUGCACUGCUUCUGGCCAGGCGCGGCGGUGGACAAGUUCUUCAUCGCCGUCCACCAGCACUACUUCAGAAACUGCCCCGUCUCGGGCAGGGCCUUGCGGGACCCGCCCAGUAGCAUCCUCUACACCUUAAUCGUGGUGCCCAUCCUGGUCACCCUGCUGGUGACGGCACUGGUGGUCUGGAAGAGCAAGCACCCGGAGGGCAUCGUGUAGGCCACGCCCGGGGGGCUGCCUGCUCCCUGAGGCUGUGGGGCAGGCCGGGAGGUAGGGCACUGGGGCCCAGCCUGGGGGCAGAGCAGGCCCCCAACCUCCUCCCCUCCUACCUGUGAAGAGCUAACAGCAGGAUUUCCAAGUGGUCAUGGCACAGGCGUUGGCCUGGAAGCCACCCUGGGAAGGGCAGCGGGCACUGGGAGGGAGCAGGCGUGACCGUCAGCAUGUCUGGGCAGCGUUCGGAACUUCUCCCACUGUUAUAAACCACCCGCAGCUCGGUUCCAGCCUCUGGCCAGACUGGUCAUGAGUAGCUUGUGAUUAAAGGAUGUCCCUGAA